GGUCGCAGCUCGGGCCCCGCCGCGGUCCGCGCGGCCAUGGAGCUGGAGGUGCCGGACGAGGCGGAGAGCGCCGAGGCGGGGGCCGGGAGCGCGGAGGCGGCCUGGGCAGCGGAGAGCGGGGCGGCGGCAGGUUUGGCUCAGAAGAAGGCGGCCCCGACGGAGGCCCUGUCGAUGACUGGACAGCCAGGCCCCGGCCAUGGGAAGAAGUUGGGUCAUCGAGGCGUGGAUGCGUCUGGUGAAACCACCUACAAGAAGACCACCUCCUCCACCCUGAAGGGUGCCAUUCAGCUGGGCAUCGGCUACACCGUGGGCAACCUGAGCUCCAAGCCCGAGCGGGACGUGCUCAUGCAGGACUUCUACGUGGUGGAGAGCAUCUUCUUCCCUAGUGAAGGCAGCAACCUCACCCCUGCCCACCACUUCCAGGACUUCCGGUUCAAGACCUAUGCACCUGUCGCCUUCCGCUACUUCCGGGAACUGUUUGGGAUCCGGCCGGAUGAUUACCUGUACUCCCUGUGCAAUGAGCCGCUGAUCGAGCUCUCCAACCCGGGUGCCAGCGGCUCCCUCUUCUAUGUCACCAGCGAUGACGAGUUCAUCAUCAAGACCGUGAUGCACAAGGAGGCCGAGUUCCUGCAGAAGCUGCUCCCCGGCUACUACAUGAACCUCAACCAGAACCCGCGGACGCUGCUGCCCAAGUUCUACGGGCUGUACUGCGUGCAGUCGGGCGGCAAGAACAUCCGCGUGGUGGUGAUGAACAACGUGCUGCCGCGUGUCGUCAAGAUGCACCUCAAGUUCGACCUUAAGGGCUCCACCUACAAGCGGCGCGCCAGCAAGAAGGAGAAGGAGAAGAGCAUCCCCACCUACAAGGACCUGGACUUCAUGCAGGACAUGCCCGAGGGGCUCCUGCUCGACGCCGACACCUUCAGCGCGCUGGUCAAGACGCUGCAGCGGGACUGCCUGGUGCUGGAGAGUUUCAAGAUCAUGGACUACAGCCUACUGCUGGGGGUGCACAACCUCGACCAGCAGGAGCGAGAGCGCCAGGCCCAGGGCGCCCAGAGCACCUCGGACGAGAAGCGGCCCGUGGGCCAGAAGGCGCUGUACUCCACCGCCAUGGAGUCCAUCCAGGGUGGGGCCGCACGCGGGGAGGCCAUCGAGUCGGACGACACGAUGGGCGGGAUCCCUGCCGUGAACGGGCGUGGGGAGCGGCUGCUGCUGCACAUCGGCAUCAUCGACAUUCUGCAGUCCUACAGGUUCAUCAAGAAGCUGGAACACACCUGGAAGGCUCUCGUGCACGACGGGGACACGGUCUCUGUCCACCGCCCCAGUUUCUACGCCGAGCGCUUUUUCAAGUUCAUGAGCAACACGGUCUUUCGGAAGAACUCCUCCCUGAAGUCGUCUCCGUCCAAGAAGGGACGCGGGGCCCUGCUGGCUGUCAAGCCCCUCGGGCCCACAGCCGCCUUCUCCGCCAGCCAGAUCCCUAGCGAGCGGGAGGAUGCGCAGUACGAUCUGCGGGGGGCCCGCAGCUACCCCACACUGGAGGACGAAGGCCGGCCCGACCUCCUGCCCUGCACGCCCCCUUCUUUUGAAGAAGCCACUACAGCCUCCAUCGCCACGACCCUGUCGUCCACCUCCCUCUCCAUCCCGGAGCGCUCCCCCUCCGAGACGUCAGAGCAGCCCCGGUACAGACGGCGCACGCAGUCGUCCGGACAGGAUGGCAGGCCCCAGGAGGAGCCGCACGUGGAGGAAGACCUGCAGCAGGUCACGGUGCAGGUGGAGCCCACGUGCAGCGUGGAGAUCGUGGUCCCCAAAGAGGAGGAUGCGGAGGUGGAGGCGUCUUUGGCCGGUGCCUCUGCUGCUGUUGAAGCGGAAACCGCCAGCCAGGCCUCAGAACCCGCCAGCCAGGCCUCGGACGAAGAGGACGCACCUGCCACCGACAUCUACUUUCCCACUGACGAGAGGAGCUGGGUGUACUCCCCGCUCCACUAUAGCACGCAGGCCCACCCGGCCUCCGACGGCGAGAGCGACACAUAAUUUCUAUGCAGUCCCCACCCGGAGCCCAGCGCCCGCUGCCGCCCCGGCCGCUCCCUGGAGGCACUGCCCACCCAGCUGUGGCCCAGAGCUGGGGAGACCCCAAUGGACCUCGCCCGCCCACCUGGGCCCAAACUCCUCCCCUGACGGAUGCCACCGGCCGAGGCCCUCCGCUCCAACAGCUCUGGGUCACCAAGCUUCUUGGGCCCCGGCCCUCCCUUCAGCUGCCUGUACCUGUGAGACUGGGACCUUCCCGAGCAUCAGAUCAUGUAUUUAUUUUGGGUCCUUACUCUUUGCACACAGACAGAAGCACGUAUGUGCUUUUUUAGGAAAAAAACAAAAAAGACACAAAAACAAGUGGAAAAAGAAGAAACUCCAUCCCACUGCACUUUUCGGUUCUCUGCUGUGCUUGCAUUUUUCUCUCUAGGGGACCAGGCCGUUCCUGCCACCUUCCAGGAUCCGGGACCCCAUGUCCCGGCUGCCCCGGCCAACAUCACACUCCAAGCCUCAGCCUGUGACCUGCAGAGGGGACGGCAGGGUCCCCAGGCUCUGCCUCUGUCCCUCAUGGACUGGGGUGCCUGAGAGCACAGGGGCCGCCCCCCCACCCGGAAGCAGACCCUCCCUCCCUCAGCUCAGGUUUGGAGGCCUCAGCACAGGACCUCUGCUCUUAGCGGUGGCCUUGGGGACAGCUCUCGCCUGGCCAAGCCCCUCAGCAUCUGUGUGUCCCGCCACUCAGGCACCCCCCGCUUCGGGAAAGACCUCCUGACCCCACCUCCCAGGGGCCUUGGGAGCAAGAAUUUCGGGUGCCCACACUCCAGACGCACACGGGAGGGGCUGGGGACAUGUCCCCCAUCCCAGCCUGGACCACACAGCAUCUAGCAAAGACAUUCCAAGCGAUGUGAGAUGCCCCUUCAAAGCCGGAAACAGACCAGGAGGCUGAGCCGGGCCUCAGGGUUUCCAGAGAGAGCCUGUGUCCUGGAGAUGGCUCGGGGCUGGCGGGCAGACUGGCCUUGACAUGUGAUGGCCACCCCCCGCCCCCUCUGCCCCAGGCAGAGCCUAGAGGGGCAGACCCCUCUCCCCAGAGCGUUUCCUUCAUUGAUUUUUAAGUGAUGUCAUUCCCAUGGAGAUCAAAGGAGGAGAGAAGACAUGGUUUGGGCUUGCACCCUCAGUGGGACCAUGGAGCCCAGAGCCCAAUGGGGUGGCUGCCGGGGCCCCUGCUGCAUCUAGAGGGCACUGGUUAGAGCAGAGUGACACCUGCCCCUGCGGAUGCACCCCCACCCUGCCCGUUACAUGGGACUCCAGAGACAGGCACGUUGGUGACGGUUCCCCAGUGACAGCCCAGAAUGGGAGGAGCUGGGGUCGGGCUCGGAGCAGAAGUCACACCUUCUGGGAGAAUCUUCCUCCAGCCCGUGCCUCCCCAGCAGAGCCUGACAUGGGGCCAGAUCAGCUGGAACCUCCUGCAAGGAUUGCACUGUUUUCGAGCCUGUCCCAAGCUCCUACGUGCUGUUGUGUCCUGCUGCUCAGGUCCCUCCCCGCGCCCUCCCACAGCCUGUGCCGUGGAGAACCAGGCUGCACCCCCCGGGCCUUUCUCCCAGGCAGGGACAGACAUUCCCUCAGCAGCUCCUCGAGUCUCGGCCCAGGAAAGGAAAGAGCCCUCAGCGUGGACCAGCCACUGGGUGGCUCGGAGGACGGAUCCAAACAAGCCCAUCUGGGGUCCUCGCCCCCUGCCCAGGAGUGUCUGUCCAGCCCCCGCAAGUGGCCUCGGGCUUGAGUCACAUCCUGGUGCUCACCUGCUGGUGCCCGGCCUCCUGAUCCGUCCUGGCCGGCCCCUGGAACAGACAGGGUAGAAGGCAGAAGGGGCAUAUGGGACCUGGAUGACAAACAGGGAUGGCACCAGAGACCCCGCCAGCCAGUGGGGAUAACCCAGAGCAACAGGCACCACGUCCAGGACGGCCCCCUCGUCUUUGCUGAGCGACUCCCAGGACACACGAGUCUCCGUCAUUCGCUCACCCGCAGGAGAAAUUUGCAAACUUCCGUGGACAUCACAACAUUUCUAUUUUUGUGUUAAGUCUCCGAGGCCCUGUUGGAGACCCAUUUUGUGUUGGUUGCAUUUUUAUUUUUGUUCCUUUCCAGAGAACUGCAAAGCGAUGCUGAGGUAUUAUUUCCGGGUAGGGGGCAGGAAGGCAAGACCUAUUUAUAACGUUCCUCAGACCCCCAGCGAGGAAGGACCCACCCAGCUGUCCCCGCCCCAGGAGUCUGUAAAUACCCAGGUGGCUGAGGCCCGCCAUGCCUCCUGCCUCAUGUCUCUGAUGGCUGCUGUCGCUGAGAACACGGACAGUGUCCCAUUUCCUGUACUGUAAACACAAAAGCAUUUUCUCUGAGACUGACAAGGUGGAAACUCCCAUGUGUCCCCCACUCCCCAUCAGCCUCUGUCCCCCCGAAGCCA